AUGACCAAUAUAAUAUCCACGGCUGCUGUUGGGAAUGAACGAACGCACUCAGGGCGUCCCCCCCGUAGCCCAAAAAGCGUAAGGGGGAGGGACGCCCAAUGCGGGAGUGAGUGA